CUGUAAAUAAAGUAAGAAUUUCACCGCACAAAUAAACGCAGGAUUUACGAAUACGCUCCGCCCCCUACGACAUCGUAUACAUAACAAGAAAUAAAACUAGUGUUUUCAUACGUCAGACGUAUAUAUGUAUGUAUGUAUAUCCCCCAAAGCCACAAUAAAUUAUGCAUACAUUGCCGCCAACAUAAACCACGUGCCACGUAAUCCAUUUGAUACAACCAUUUAUGUUGUUAUUUCUUAAUAGUAUUUUUUUGCGCUUCUCACAGGGCGGCUAUCCCUUGCCCCGCAGUCAAAUCCAUCCUUGACUCACUACCCCCACGGCCUUCCUCUCACGCCCAUCCCCCCCGCCUUAUAUAUAACCACGCACUUCUCUCCUUCCUUUUCCCUGAACCACCGUUCCAUCCUCCCCACCCUUAACCUAAUUUUGGCUAAAAAAAAAAAAUUCACCUCCUUCUUUCAGACCAAACUCACACACCCACAGGAAAGAAAAAGAAAAAAAAGCCCCCUUUCAACGAAUCUCUCAUUCUUAACAUGGCCCCUAAAGAUAAGGCGGCGACUGCUGCGGCGGCGGCGGCGGCCACCGGCGUGGCUAAAGGACACGGCGUUUCUAAGGAGGUGCAUUUUAGAGGGGUCAGGAAGAGGCCGUGGGGUCGUUAUGCUGCUGAGAUCCGGGAUCCGAACAAGAAGAGCCGGGUCUGGCUUGGGACAUUUGAUACGGCGGAGGAGGCCGCCCGUGCUUAUGAUGCCGCCGCCAGGGAUUUCCGCGGUGCCAAAGCCAAGACCAACUUUCCGAUGGAGGAGGACAAUCGUACCAAUCCCAAUUUGCAUCAGAACAUGUUGAGACUCUCCUCCGCCGCCGCCGGCAUCAAUGUGAAAGAUCCCAAUUUUGUGAAUAAAGUUAACAACAAUUGUAACAUUAACUGUUACAACAACCUUACUAAUAAUGGGAGCCCCAGCCAGAGCAGCACCGUUGAAUCAUCCAGCCGUGAUGCCUUCUCUCCGGCGGUGGCGGUCGCCGACUCAUCUCCUUCCCCCUUGGAUCUCAGCCUCGGCGGCGCCGUGUCUAUGAGGUUCCCCUUCCCUAACCAAGCCCAACAUCAACAUCAGUUCCGUGUUUCUCAGCUCGCCGGCCGUGUUGCCGGAGUUAUGCAACCGCCGGCCGCCAUGAGUCAGGCUCAGGCAGCAUUGUACUACGACGCCCUGGCGCGUCAUACCGCCGUGGUGAAAGCUGAACACGGACCCCACCAUCUGUUCUAUCCCCAUACCCAGAGGGUCGCGGUGGCUCUCGAUUUCCUCGGCGUCGCCGGCGCCGGAGCUAAUGGUGUCCAGAGUGAGUCUGAUUCAUCUUCUGUCGUCCUGGACCUCAACCGCAACGAUCUCAGGCUUAACAACGCUAACAGGGAGGUCAAUAAGCGGGAGCUCAACCUCGAUCUCGAUCUUAACCUCCCCCCACCAUCGGAAAACGCUUGAAUUUCAAAUGACGGCGGCGAUGAUCGGAUAUUUGGUCUCCGAUUUGUUGGAUUCAAUUUUAGUUUUGGAAAAUGCCCCUUUAUUCCCUUUUUUUUUUUUUAAUCGGAAAAGAGGAAAUCUUUGUAGGAAAAAGGAAAAUGGUUCAAGUUGUAGGUGAAGAUAGGGAACGGUGAUAGAGAAAAUUGAGAACUUUCCAGUGCCGCUGUUGAGAUCUUUUGUCAGUUAACCACCGUCAGAUUAUGUGAAUACAGUGACUAAUUCCCCCCCUUUUUUUUAAUUGUAUUUUUGCAACAGAGAGAGAGAAAUGUAUCCGAUUUCGAGCUGUUGUUUCAUUUUAGAGAUCUAUAUAAAUGUGCUUCCUUCUUUCAUAGCAAUUUCUGGAUUGUGUUGUAUAUUAGAAGUACAAAAUUUGUUGUUACGACUCAAUAAUGGUUUCCUUAAGUGUGGUUACCGGAGAAGGUGACCGGAGUAAUUAAAAAAAGGCGAUGGUGGGCGGUGGGGGAUUGCGUUACAGUAAAUUCACGUGUGGUCCAGUUCGUACGGACAAGAAGGCAAAGCCCAGACAUGGGGAGUACUAGUUUGAUGGGAAGGAGGCGGGUUUCUCUGUUCUUCUGUGUGAAGGCUAACGGACAGAGUGCCACGUGUGGGGGCUGCCUCCUUUUCGGAGUGCUAGUUUUUCCUUUCUUUUGCUUUCAAAGGAGCCGUAGUUUAUGGAGACGUAUGCAAAAAGAAGUAAGAUUUAUUAACAGUAGCUGUAUCUUUGAACAAGAAAAAGAAAAAAAAAAAAAAGAUGGGCGAAAGAGAGGGAGCCCAGCAACCCACCAAAAGCAUUCACUUCAUUUGUGUUUUUUCUGUACCCAACAAAAGAAGAAAAAAAAUAUUAAUAUAUUUUAUUUCUAUUUGGGUUUAAUGUGAUGGAAAAAGGUUGUGUACUGAAAGACAUGAGAAGAUUAAAAGAGGAGGAGGAGGCGAACAAUAAUGAGGGUUUGAAAAACAAGUCAGCUGAGAGAAUAGCUUUUUGUUUUGAUCAUUUACUACUUUGAAUUUCUUUUAACGUAAUGGCCUAACUGAAUUUCUAACAUUAUUGCGGUUUUGUCAUCCUUGAUUAAGACAUGCACCCCCGUGAAAUUAAUGGGCGACUUUUAAUCCUAACUACCUUUUUCACCUCAUUAGGUGGCAUAAUUUGGGGCUCUAAAUAUGCUUUUUUAUGUAGUAUCAUUU